UGUGCAAGUUUAUCAAAAAUUGUUUCAAAGAUGAAAUUUGUUUCAAAUAACAUUUGUUUUUCUUUUAUUUUCAAUAUAUCUAUCAAAAAACUAAUCUACUUAUCAUUUUUUGACAGAUAGAUAAAUCCACAAAAUCAUAUAAUCGUUUAUCAACCAACAACAACUCAACACAAGCGAAUGUCAAUUAUAAUUAUUUUACUGUCACAGCUGGCGAAAGAAGAAAAACGACAAACGAAAGCAAAAACGAAACAAAACGAUACGCUUAUCGCAUAGCACUGGGAAUACGAGUGAGACAUACCAAUUGACAUUGGUUUUUAUUCAAUAUUGUUGUUGAAGCAGCUCAGCGACGACGAUACACGACGACGACGACGGCGAGUCAAGUCAGUCAGUAUUUUUGAUUGUGGAUGGACAAGAUGUCGAAAGUUGUAAGCAACAAAAGGCAGCUGAGGCGUUUGGUGGAAUUAUUGCAAAAGAAUCAAGGUAUUGCUAGAGGAGUUUGUUCGAAACCCAUAGCUCAACGAAAAUGGGAAGAAUUUGCGUUUGAGUUAAAUAGUUUGGGGCCACCACAGCGCGAAUGGCAUAAAUGGCAAAGGGUAUGGGCUGAUUUAAAGUGUAAAAUAAAGAAGAAGAAAACUGAAAAUGAUUAUGAUGAAAAUCAUCCAGCAGGAGGUCAAAAUAAUCGAAUACACCAUUUCAGUGACUUGGAAGAGGCAGUUAUUGAAAUGCUUGAUUUUAGCACCACAAGCAGGCGUCAACCAGAUCAAUCAAUAAGUUAUGAUGAUUCGAUGAUGUCUACAAAUGAGAGUUUAAUCAGCAUAGAAGAUAUAAAAUUUGAACCAGAACAAUUUAACCAUGAAUUUGUAAUGAAAGUUGAUCAGACGCCGCCGGCGCUGCCGCCAAAGUCAAAUGAAAAAUUUAAUCAAAGCUGUAGAACGGCGGAAACCUUUGAAACGGCAACGCAAACAGAUAUUAAUAGAAGAGAUACAGUUUCAAAGAAUGAAGAAAAUCCUGCGCAGAAACAAUUUUUUGAAUGUAUGACGGAUCUCAUGAGGGAUAUUAAGAGAAGCAUCAAUAAUAUUGAAGAUCACUUGAGAAGGGAUGUUCAUCAGAAAGAAGAACUUCUCGAGUUGAAAAGACAAAAAUUGAAGUUAUACAAAGAAAAAAUUAAAAGCCAACGUGUCGAUAGGAAGUUGAAAUUAAAACUCAAAGCUGAACUUGUCAAGCUUAAGAGACAGAAAUUAAGUAAUGCGGGAACUUAAAGUUAAUGCAUGUUUAUAUUUUUUUUCAUAGAAGAAAAGAAAAACUAAAAUUACAUAUAUUAAAUGUUAGAAAGAUAUUUUUUAAAUUUGAACGAAGAGAAAAGAAAAGACUAGAUACUUAUUAUUUGGUUAUAAUUGUCUUAUAUAUACAAAACCUUGUUAAUUGUAAUUUUGAAUUUAAAUAUAUAUGUAAGUUUUAUAAAAAAUGCCCAAAACUCUGUUAAUAUGAGGAAAAACGAAAAUACAAAUUUGUUACAUUUCAU